AAGUUCAAAACCAACAUAUCCAAACAAAUCUUGCAUGGCUUCCUCCUCCACUCAUUUCUUUCUUUUAAGCUUGGUUUUCUUGAUGAUCUCCUUCUUUCAACUAUCCUCACAUCAACAACUGUGUCAUAAGGAUGAGUAUCUUGCUCUUAUGCAAUUCAAAGAUAGCUUUGUCAUUGAUAGGCAAGCAUCUACUUGUCCUAAAAUCAACCUUUGGAAAUCUCAAGGGGUUGAUUGCUGCUCAUGGGAGGGCAUAUGGUGUGACCAGAACACUUCUCAUGUCAUAGGGCUUGAUCUUAGUAGCAGUUGUCUUUUGGGUUCUAUCAAUUCCAGCAGUAGCCUCUUCCGCCUUGGACACCUUCAAUACCUCAACCUUGCACUCAAUGACUUCAAUUUCUCUAAGAUACCACCUGCAGUGGGCAAUCUUUCCAAAUUAACUUAUCUCAAUCUCUCUAGUUCUUUCUUUUCUGGUCAAAUUCCACAUGAAAUUUCAAAACUCUCCAAUUUAGCCAAGCUUGACCUUUCUUUCAAUCUUGAUUAUUCACAUCAAGGAUUGUUAGAACUCAAAAGGCCUAAUUUGAAUAGCCUAGUUCAGAACUUAACCAAGCUAGAAUGGCUUGACCUCUCUUAUGUUGGUAUAAAUUCUCCAAUACCAAAGUCCUCGGCAAAUAUGUCGUCAUUGACACAUCUCCAUUUCGGUCAAUGUGGAUUGCACGGAAAGUUUCCCAUAGACAUUUUUCAACUACCUAAACUUCAAGUCCUUGAUUUGGAGAACAAUUGGGAACUUAGUGGUAGUUUUCCUGAAUUUCACUCUCACAGUCAGCUUAGGGCACUCGAUGUUGGAAACACAACCUUUUCUGGUGAGUUACCUAUCUCAAUAGGAAUGCUUAGCUCUUUAGAAUAUUUAGAUGUUAGUAGUUGUAACCUCUCAGGUUGGGUACCACCUUCAAUUGGGCUCUCUUCCAAGCUCAAUUUCCAAACUCAAGAACCUUGAAUCACUCUAUGUUUACUUCAAUAACUUAAGUGGUAUUGUUGAGUUUGACACAUUUCUUGAACUCAAAUCCCUUAAAUAUUUGGAAUUAGGCUUUAAUAAUUUCUCAUUAGUAAU